UCUGGUAUCAUGUUUGUUCCGUGCUCGCUGCUAGCAACCUGCCUCCUACAACUUGUCUUGUUUAUGGUCGGGGAUGCCGACACUUUUCUUCCUACUUCAGCGUCUGUUCACCAUGGCAGAGAAUGAAGCGCCUGUGAAUCCAUCGCGGCUCUCGGCUUAGUGCUGCCUUCAUGUUGCGCCGUGUCUCCCAGGCUUCUCCUCGUCGCUCGGGGCGGCCGUUCGGCCUUCCAGCCGCGGCUGCGAGUUAAGUUCGCCUCCGAGCGGUCUGGUUCUCGCCUCUAUGUUCAUUUUAUGAAGAUGUCGGUGAGGGGGACACUGUGAACUCAAUGACUGUCAGAAACAUCGCCUCCAUUUGUAAUAUGGGCACCAAUGCCUCUGCUCUGGAGAAAGACAUUGGCCCGGAGCAAUUUCCAAUCAAUGAACACUACUUUGGAUUGGUCAACUUUGGAAACACUUGUUACUGUAACUCAGUGCUACAGGCUCUCUACUUCUGCCGGCCAUUCCGGGAGAAUGUGCUGUCGUACAAAGCCCAGCAGAAGAAGAAGGAGAACCUGCUCACUUGUUUGGCAGACUUGUUCCACUCCAUUGCUACUCAGAAGAAGAAAGUGGGCGUCAUCCCACCCAAGAAGUUCAUCUCCCGUCUUCGGAAAGAGAACGAUCUGUUUGACAACUACAUGCAACAAGAUGCUCAUGAGUUUCUCAACUACUUGCUGAACACGGUGGCCGACAUCCUGCAGGAGGAAAAGAAGCAAGAGAAGCAGAACGGUCGACUCAAGAACAACGGAACCCCCAUCACCGUGGAGACCGACAUGGAGAACAAGACGGAGCCCACCUGGGUUCAUGAUAUUUUUCAGGGCACGCUCACUAAUGAGACGCGUUGCCUCAACUGUGAAACGGUGAGCAGCAAAGAUGAGGACUUUCUGGAUCUGUCUGUGGACGUGGAGCAGAACACAUCAAUAACACACUGCCUCAGGGAUUUCAGCAACACAGAGACUCUGUGCAGCGAGUACAAGUACUACUGUGAGACCUGCUGCAGCAAACAGGAGGCACAGAAACGGAUGCGUGUGAAGAAGCUGCCCAUGAUCUUGGCCCUGCAUCUGAAGAGGUUCAAGUACAUGGAGCAGCUGCACCGCUACACCAAGCUAUCCUAUCGAGUGGUUUUCCCGCUGGAACUCCGUCUGUUCAACACUUCAGGAGAUGCUGUCAACCUGGAUCGCAUGUACGACCUGGUCGCUGUGGUGGUUCACUGUGGAAGUGGCCCGAACAGAGGACAUUACAUUACAAUCGUGAAGAGUCACGGCUUCUGGCUACUGUUCGAUGACGACAUUGUGGAGAAAAUCGACGCCCAGGCUAUUGAGGAGUUUUAUGGGCUUACCUCAGACAUCUCCAAGAACUCUGAGUCGGGCUACAUCCUCUUCUACCAGUCGAGGGAGUGACUGGUUCUGGUCAGUGACGCAGGAGAGAACAACUAGGACUUGUUUUUCAUUUACUCCCCUGACUGGCAUGCGCCAACCCUCCACCCAGUGGUUGUCGCUCAUUUACUCUCUUAGCCACCUGCAUCUGGACUGCACUUUAAAAUGAAAUGCAAAAAAAAUGCUCCAAAGCAAGAGAGAAAACUAAAGGAGAUGAGCGAAGGCUACAGAGAAAUGGUUCUACUUUGUGUCAGACAGAGAGCUUCUGUUGUACGUCCUUCUUUUAUUGCAGUGUUUCAUCCUUUCAUUCAUUUUUGGUCAGAAAGUGACCAUACAGGGACGUCAUUUAUAGAGAGAGCUGACAAGUUGGUUUGAUCUGAUCAACUCCAAAACCACUGCACAGUGAAAGACAUCUGUGUCUAUUGUUUUUCUGUGUUAAUGUGCUUGAUCAAAGAUCAACUUCUAAAACACUAAUACACUUCCUCCUGCUCCUUGGUUAGUGCAUGUAGGAUACUUUAGGGAAAGGGUCUGGAUUAUUCCCUAGGAGAAGUCCUGAGCAGGGCUGCACAAUGUGAGGAGGCGGGGCCAGUUCAACUAAUGCAUAUCAUGUAGAGGUCGUGUAUGGAAGCUAAAACCACUGGUACAAAUCCAGUUUUGUUCUGGUUCAGAACUACUGACUAGUUUCUGUGACCCAUCGACUGCCAACACUUAGAAUGGACAAAAGGUCUAUUUGAAGCAGAGGUCUAUCAGAGCCAGUGCAUCACUGUGAUUGAUCUAUGAGACUUUCACUCUCUGGAGGAGGUGCUCGUACCCAUUAGCUCUUUAUUAGGUCUCAACACCUGGGGUACAUCUCAGGAUGGCUAUGAAACUAAUGUUUGCCUCAAUGGCAGAUGAGAGUUAUUAAAAAUUGUCCAUUUUAAACACAUCAUUUGCUCUGAAUAUGCUCCAAGUGACCAAUUUUCCACCGUUGUGCAGCCCUACUGGAAAUGAAUCAGAGUGAAUCUUCGAACAUUAUUAGGAUCAGAACAGUUUUGGGGAACUCCAGGUGUCCACGUAGUUCAGGGCUGCUCUCUCUCUCUCUUGUCAUGGACACUACUGUGUUCCCAACUGUCUCAGACAAUUGUCUCCCCUCUCUCAACUUCCUGUUUUUUUUUUUAAUCUGAAGUUUGAAACCCUAUUUAUUCAUCUGGACGUAUUUAUUUAUGAGAGGUGUUGCGCUUGUUAUUGAAGGUUUGUUUAAAGUUGAGCUCCAAUUUGAGUUUUGCACGUCACAUUUCAUGAGGGAUCUGGUGUGUGACAAACCCCACAGGUGCCAAAACCUCAGAUUGAGAUCAGUGCAAUAGCUGUGUGAAGUGGCGACCGCUGCACACCACUUCAGAUGCUGAGGGAGCUCCUCCUGUCUUUUCUCCCCAGGCUCCUUGACCUAGAUUUGUCAUUAUGUAUUUUUGUGUGUGAGUGCAUUUUUGUCAAAUGACUCUAAUUCGAGCUGAGGAUGGAAUUAUUCAGUGUCUCCCGUCAAACAUUCCCAAACGUUUUCUCUUUCCCACCUGAAUUAUGCUGACGUGAUUGACAUUCCAGCCUGUUGCACACCCGGAUUACAUUUCAUUGUGUUUUGUGUAGUAGUAGGACACGUGUGCUAGUUUAGUGAAGGUGAUGCUACUGCAUUUAGGGUUAUUUGAUGUUUUGACUUGUUCUCCGCCUCCUUGUCUGACUCGGUGAAGAAGCAGAGGAGUGCGUGCCAAACUGGAGUCCAUACUGACUUGCUCAUGUCUUUUAACAGAACGUUAUUUUCUUUAUAACGAAACAUUUGUAUAUACAUAUUCUGUAGAAAUCAUCUCUGAAAAUAGAAGAAAUAUUUUUUUAAAGUUGGGGGGGAGGGGGAGGCUGAGAGAAACUGUGUUCCACAAUCACACCAGUCUGUCAAUCAUAUUCAAGUUGUUAAGUUGCCGACCGGCAGUUGCAGCGAGGGGCGAUGGAGAAACUGAUCUUCCAUGAACAUUUAUGCACUCUUCCUCUCUGAGACGUGUUCCACUUGGUCUGUUGAAGCUGCUGUUUUAAACCGUCUGACUGGUGUUGAUCUGGGUGAGGAAGGAGGAGGAACUAUGGCUGUAAACUGAAAGUGCACUUUAGUAGUGAUGAGCUUCAAUGUUCUUACAUGAAGAACCACAGACUAACGGUCUCAUUUUGACUUUUUAUUUUUGUUAUGUUCAAUAAAAUUGAAUUAUCAGUCAA